AUGGCAACAGCACCUACAUCUUCUACUCUCACGGCAUCCAACGGUGUUCAGUACCUUCAGCCAUUGGGAUUAUUCAUUGACAAUGACUUCGUUCCCUCUAAGUCUGGCGAGCGUGUGGCAACAUUUAGCCCUCAUGAUGAGACUAAAAUUGCCGAGGUCCAUGCCGCAGGUCCUGAAGAUGUGGACAUCACAGUAAAGGCAGCCAGAGCGGCCUUCAAUGGUCCAUGGAGCAGAGUAUCGGCGGCUGCUCGAGGCACCCUCCUGUUCAAGUUGGCAAGUUUGCUGGAGGAUCAUAGGAGAGAGUUGGCAACGAUUGAGACGUGGGAUAAUGGAAAAGCAAUUUCGGAUUCUCUCGAGUGUGUCGAUGACAGUGUGUCGGUUGUGCGUUACUUUGCAGGGCAUGCAGACAAGUCCAGCGGUCAAACAUUCGAAACCUUGCCGAAUCAGCACAUCUUCACGAUCCGUGAGCCACUCGGUGUGUGCGGUCAGAUUGUGCCAUGGAACUAUCCAUUGCUCAUGACCAUACACAAGCUUGCUCCCGCCCUUGCUGCGGGAAAUUGCGUCGUGUUGAAGGCGGCUGAGCAAACUCCUCUGUCGGCACUCUAUCUCGCAGGAUUGAUCAAACAGGCUGGGUUUCCCCCUGGUGUUGUUAAUAUCCUCAAUGGCUUUGGCAGGACAUGCGGAGCCGCCAUCGCCCGCCAUCUUGACGUGGACAAGGUCGGGUUUACCGGCUCAACUGAGACGGGAAAGGUGCUCACGCAAUUGCUUCGCGGCAAAUCGCCCCUCGUCAUCUUUCCUGAUGCCGACUUGAAGAAGGCAGUUUACUGGGGACAUAUUGGCAUCAUGGCGAGUUCUGGCCAGAAUUGCACUGCCAACAGCCGCAUCCUGGUCCAUGAAGCAGUCUACGACGAGUUCAUCAAGCUCUUCUUGGCCCAGAUCGGCUCCGCCAAGCUUGGAAACCCAUUUGAUGAAGACACCUUCACGGGCCCGGUGGUUGACGCGGUCCAGAGAGAUCGCAUCGUGGGGUAUAUCAAAAUCGGCCAGGAAGAAGGCGCCACGCUACUCACAGGAGGGAGGAUAUGGCCAGACCGACCCAUGGGCAAAGGUCACUAUAUUGAGCCCACCGUCUUCACCGAUGUGACUGAUGAUAUGCGGAUCUGCCGAGAAGAAAUUUUUGGCCCUGUUGCGGUGGUGAUGAAAUUCAGCUCCGAGUCUGAAGCUAUCCGCCGAGCGAAUGACUCCAUAUAUGGACUGGGGACAGCAGUGUUCACAAAGGAUGUCUCGCGUCUGAUUAGAGUAUCCAAGGCUCUUCAGAGUGGCACGGUUUGGGCAAAUAACAGCAAUUGUACAAUGGAUCCUAGGGUAGUCUUCGGAGGCAUGAAGCAGUCGGGCAUUGGAAAGGAGCUGGGCCAAGCGGGUUUCGAGGCCUAUACAAACGUCAGAGCCGUCUACUUGGAGAUCGACGAGAAUGAUGACGAGGAUCGGGAAAGCAACAGCAAGACGUCUAGAGAAUUUCAAUUUAAGCGACUCUCUUGGCCAUGGCUAUCUUUGAUGAAUGCUUGUUAA